GGUGGCAUGUUGUAUGUGAGUCAAAAAAUGUCAAAUUGAUUUUAUAAUUGCACGUUCAAGAUUAAUAAAUACAGUAUACAGUUUGGUCAUUUUACCGGUAGGAAUUUUUCAGCACGGAAGCGGAAGGGCGGGUCUUAAUGUCAGCUGGACGUACGGGAGGCGGACGAGUUUCCACAAACGCGUUGGAGUGCCUGGUGUGUGUGUUUGAAUUUGAAUUAUCGAGUCAAAAUGUCUUCAAACAACAUGAACGAUCCUCGUCGACAGAACAAAAUCUUCAGGUACAAGCCCCCAACAACAGAAAAUAACCCCACUCUGGAAGACCCAACCCCUGACUACAUGAAUUUACUUGGGAUGAUUUUCAGCAUGUGUGGCCUCAUGUUGAAGCUUAAGUGGUGUGCCUGGAUAGCAGUCUACUGUUCUUUCAUCAGCUUUGCCAACUCCAGAAGCUCUGAGGACACCAAACAGAUGAUGAGCAGUUUCAUGUUAUCCAUCUCCGCAGUUGUAAUGUCUUACUUGCAGAACCCUCAGCCCAUGUCUCCCCCGUGGUAGCUGGACUGUCUGGCCAUGUUGGGCCAGGGAGACGGAGACCCAGCUUUCCCUGUUUCACACUGGGGCUUUUGUUGGCCUACAGAACAGAACAAAAAACAUUCUCCAUGAAACCUGACAGACAGAUUUUAGAAAUUCUAGACUUGGACUACUGUUGAUGGAGGCUAUGACUGCACCCUCUCCAAUUCUGAACGUUUUUAAUGUGAUUAAAAUUCACCCGGCACUGCUCUAAUGUAAUUUUUCAUAGACUGUAUCCUUAUGAUAGCUGCUGUUUGGUCUAAAAGAUUAAUGUAGUGUAAUUGACAUAUCAGUUUUAAUAGUUUUUUUUUUUGCUUGAAAGAAAGUAAUGAUGACAAUGCACUGUUACAGCUGUUCAUAUGUCUUCUAUUAUUCAGUUUUGUCAGAAUCUCCGAUUCUAAAUAACUCGUCCUCCUAACCUAAUUUGUGUGCAAAGGACAGUUAAUUUAAUCCAUGAAAGAAAAAAAGGGAAUUCGGAGCAAAGCCGAGUGUACAUAUAUUUCCAUCAUUAGACGUUUGGUUGACCUAGUGUGGAUCACUACAUCAGACUAAUAGAUUACACGACACAAAUCAAUUUUCAAACUGUUUAGAAUACUGUAAUGUCGUCAUUUUGUGGUAUAAAUAUUACACCAGAAAAAUACUCUCUUUUUCACUUAGGAAUAAAUUAUUUUUCAGAAUGUUGCUACUCUGCAAGGAAAUAAAUGCAGUUCUUGCUUUUUA